AUUUGGUCCUUGGUUUGUGUACUGACGUUUGACAUUUAUGGUGACACUCGAGAUUUGCAUAUUGCUGAGGGUCUGGAAUACUGAGGUGUAAGGCACCUCCUGUUUUAGGGUCUUUCCUUUCCGUGACGCAUCCGUUCCACAAAAAGAUGCAAAAGAGCAAACGUGCAGUCAACCGAAAGACUCCCGCUCCUCCCCCCGUGUAACUCCGGGAUUGUGGAUGUGCCCUGCCCGCUCUCCCGAAGCUAUUCGGGCAGGGUCCGGGGCGCAGCGGAGGGGGCUACCAGCCGGCAUCCGCCUCUUCGCCCCCAGUAUCGCCCGACCUGACGCAAGCGUGCCGACCCCGGGGGGGAAGCGGGGAGAGCUUCCCGCACCCAGCUCGCCGUGCCAGCACCAGGGAGGCGAUGCUCGGCCAGGGCCCGGUGUCCGCCUGGCCGGACUGCAGCUCUUCUGCCGAGCCGCCUGCAGUGGCCAGGACCGAGGGUGGAGGCGGCGGAUCAGCUGGACAGUCUCAUUACCAGAAUUCCAAAGGUACUGAUGGAAUCAAAGAUGGACACAAAAUGAACUCACACGUAGCCAAGCUACAAGAGUUAUGGAAAACUCCUCAAAUUCAAACAAUUCACAUCCCUAAACCAAUGACAGAUGUGUCCUUUCUAAAGCAUCCAGACCUCACCAUAGGCCAGAAGCAUAAUCUGCGCAGCAUUGCUAAGAUCUGUAAUGUGAACUAUCUGAGGGUGUUAAUGAAGAGGCAGUACAUGCAUAUGAUCCAGCACAACUCUCACAAGCCAGGUGUCCUCGUUCAUCACAGGAGCCACCUCAGUUCUUGUCACUCCCAGAAGCAGCAUUACCCCUGCACUACAUGGCGACACCAACUGGAGAGAGGGGACUCGGGGUCUUCCAACACCACAGCUGCAUCUGCACCUGAAAUGAUCAUACAGCACUCCCUUUGGCGACCAGUGAGAAACAAAGGAGGUUUAAAAACUGGAUAUGCGUCUAAAACAAGAUGUAAGUCGCUGAAGAUUUUUAGAAAACCAGGCAGACUGUUCAUGCAAUCAGUUUCUACAAAUGAUUUUGAAUCAUUCAUGAAUGAAGAAAAAAAGGAAGAUUUACUAAGUAAGUGUAUGCAAUCAAUGUCAAUUGAAGAACAGGGAGAACAUCUGAUGUUAACUUGACAAUCUCGUCUUGUGUAUUAAUGAUGUGCCAAAGGUAGGGGUAGGGGUUGUGAAUUGUGUCCUCUACAUUUAGGAUAGUAUUGUUAUUCACCAUUAAAUGAUUAAAUAAUUUUGGUUUGUUCAGAAACUUUUACAACAAUGUAAUUUAUGUGAUGUAGUUCCAUGUUCCAAUGAUAUUUGUGGAAUAAAGUCUGUGUGUAAAUAUAUGCUUUUAUUUCUAGAUUCAAUUAAAAUUUUU